AUGGCGAAAGUCGCGAGAGGUCCCGAUUCUGUGCCUAUGGUUUUAUCGUGCGAACAUUGCACUAAUCAGACAUUCAAGCAAAUUCAAGAUUUUGUUAGACACUUGAGAGAUCAACAUUGUUCCAGAGAAGGUGGAUCUUUCGUAUGCCUCUAUGGCUAUAAUGGAGUAUGUACUAGUCUUCCUGUGGAAGGUGUUUCUGACAAGGAUUAUAUAGCGCAUGCCACAAAACACGCAGUUAUGCAACAGCAACGAAAAAGUAAUGGCCAGUUAUCUGAGGCUGGUUCAACGUGGACUGUGUAUUCGGCUGCACAAAAUCUACCUGCUGUUCUAAACGAUCCAUUCAAAGGAAAACAGAGUAACUUCUUAACUCGCACUUGGGGAGAUGGAUUUGUAGAAAAAGUGGAUAUUCCAAAAAGUCCUUAUCUUCCUGAAAUUACAAUGCAACAUUUCGAAAUAUAUUUGAAAAAAAUUGCAAGGAGAUAUCGGAAACAUUCACGUAUGAAUUCAAAUGUAAACAGGCCGAUUACUCCAAAUGAAUUGCUUCAAAAUUUUCCUAACCUUAAGGUGAAAUCAUUAGAUCGGUUGCAGUUUGAUUUAGCUAAUAUCCCAAAGAUCUUCUUAGUUCCAAAUUUGGAUCUUUCAGAAAAAGAUAACUUUGAUGCUGUGUUUCCGUUUGCAAAAAACGGUCUCUUAAUUGAAGACUGCAAUAUUGUUAUGCAUGUAAAACAAAUGCAAGAAAAGCUUAGUCAUUAUCUGGACAUUGUGGAAGUUCGUAUUGCAGAACAAGUUGCGUCCAAAUCUCAAGCCUUUUUUCAUGCAAUGACAUCUCACGAUGUGCUUAUGGAACAACUUACUCAAACUAUUACGGUUCUAAAAGCCCUUAGGAAAAAUAUUCAUCAAGUCGAUAAACAUCUAGUCAAGGAUUCUUUAGAAAUUUUACGCUUGGAGCGUGCUAGAUCUAAUAGAUUAUUGGUUCAAGAAAAAUUAAAACUUAUGGCAACCGUACAUCAAAGCCAACCUAUGAUACAAUUAUUGUUGUCCACGCCAGAUUAUGUUGCGGCAUUAGAUCUUAUUUCUACGACGCAAGAAAUUCUCUUUCAAGAAUUAAAUGGAAUACAUAGCUUUAGACAUUUAAGUUCUCAACUAACUGAGAUGGAGAAGCUUGUGGAUAAGAUGUUGUCGACUGAGUUUCAAAGAUAUGCAACAGCAGAUCUCAAUAGGCCAUUGAGUGGUGAGAAUACCGUCCUAGACGGCGAUAAACUGGUCUCUAUUAUUUCUGGUCUACUACGUCAAAAACAUUUUCAAUUUGUGGAUACAUACAAAGAGGAAGCUGUGACCACUAUAAGAGCUUUAACAAAGCAACGGGUGAUAGAGGCUCUGGCAGCAAGCGAUUGUUGCAGCGAUCAGCAAGCAGCAGCUCUAGAAGUUGGAGGCCUCUCAUUGACGGAAAGAUUAACUUUGCUUCAUAAUACUAUACAGUCUUUCACAUUUCUUCUUUUACGAGUUAAGGCAGUUCAUGAUGUAAUGAGAGACACCGCCGACUUAUCAGCGGGAUGUUUGUGUGAUGGCUCGUUUGAUGAAUCAGUACCUGAUCGAUUACUGACUCGAGAAGAACAUUCGCGAGUGAUCACUAAACUUAGUGAUAUGAUUACCUCUAUAUGUGAUUAUUGUCAUGAGCGAAUGGGAAACUUGCUUUCAGCUGGGACAAAUGAAAAAGAUAAAUUCCACAAUGAUAAGGACAAAAUAAUUGCCGAUGUUUUGCAGAAUAAAUUAGAAGAUAAAGAAUGUCAAACAUGGAAUGACAAGGGCUCUUGGUUAAGUGAAAAGGCAACAACCGCUCAAGUUUGUCAAUUAGCCAAUAUGGUUGAAGAAUUUACAUAUGCUUGCGAAAAACUUUGCGGCAAGCAAUGCACUGCGUUGCGAUCGGCAUUUAAAGCGCAAGCAAGUAAGUUUAUACAGCGUUUUCAUAAUGAACGCAAAACUAAACUGACUUUGCUAUUGGAAUCUGAAAGAUGGAAACAAGCUGAUGUACCAUCAGAGUUUCAAUCGUUAGUGACAUAUGUAUACGAGAAAAAGUGUUUUCCUCUUAAAAUACCUACGUCCGAAGAUGAUGUAAAAAAUAAAGGCGUGGAGAAUUUUAUUAUGGUCGGCGAUGAAAAAUUUGCUGUUGUUGGGACUGCUUUAAUGCUUAUACAAAUGCUAUAUGAGUACUGCAGGACUGGUAGUGAACUAGUUGCCUUGUCUGGAACCAUAGGAAGACAGUUAGCCGAAUUAUUAAGACAUUAUAAUUCUCGAUGCUGCCAACUAGUUCUGGGUGCAGGGGCAAUGCAAGUCGCAGGCUUAAAAACCAUUACAAGCACGAUCCUCGUAUUGGCGGCGCGAAGUCUUAAACUUAUAUUGUGGUUUAUGCCCUUUGUUAAGAUACAUUUUCAAGCCCUUGUGGAGCAAAAUCCUAGUCGAGGACUCAUUGGUACAUCUGGUACAAGUGGAGGAGUAGCUUUAUUAGAUAACGUUGAAAGAGAUAUUCGCGCACAUAUCCGUGAAAUUGAAGGAAAAAUUCUCACUAUCGUAGAUAACUUAUUAGGCGGUCAAAUAUCCAAAUGGACGGCAAGACCUCCGGUGCCAUCAAAAUCUUUUAGAAAUAUUUCUAGUUAUCUAAUGAAACUUCACGAAGCUGUUUCUGGAAUUUUACCUACCGUCGAAGUACAAUCACUUUAUCGUACAGUAAAUUCAUCAUUUAAGGAGAAACUUAGAGAACAACUGGUUAAAAUGAAUAUAGUGAAUAAUGGUGGUCCGCAACAUGGCGUAGUUACAUCGGAACUUACAUUUUAUCUGGAAGCCUUAAGAAAGUUAAAAGUUCUACCGAGCGAAGAGUUAAAUGACAAUUGGAUGAGUGAUAUAUGGACUAGAUAACAUGCAGAGCGCGUAAUAUAUUGCAUUAUAGAAGCAAUGAAAUAUUAUAGAAAGAGGUGACUAAAAAAUUUGUGCAUUCGUCUUCCUUUGUAUUAUUCGUUAUAUUCGAAAUAUGAAAA